GGCACUUCUCAGGAGCCGCCCACGUCGCCUCUUGCCCGCCAUACAUUUCCGCUUCCGGUUCUUAAUUCCGGAAGUUGCCGUUUGAGGUAGCGUGGUACUUGGUGUGGUCUUUGUGAGAUUUUUGCCAUGGCGUACCGGGGCCAGGGCCAGAAAGUGCAGAAGGUGAUGGUGCAGCCCAUCAAUCUCAUCUUCAGAUACUUGCAAAAUAGAUCCAGGAUUCAGGUGUGGCUCUAUGAGCAAGUGAAUAUGCGGAUAGAGGGCUGUAUUAUUGGCUUUGAUGAGUACAUGAAUCUUGUAUUAGAUGAUGCAGAAGAAAUUCAUUCUAAAACAAAGUCAAGAAAACAACUGGGUCGGAUCAUGCUAAAAGGAGAUAAUAUUACUCUGUUACAAAGUGUCUCCAACUAAAAAUGAUUGAAGAAUUAAGACAGCAGUGAAGUGAGGUGGCAAUUAUGAUAACGUGAAAAAAUGCAGCUGUUUAAGUGGUUUGCCCUGGGAGUAUUUGUGAAACAUUUUUUCAUAUUGUUUUGAUUACCCUUAUGUUAUUACUGCACUGGCAAUAAAUGUUGGAUUGUUUUUAUUAAAAAA